UAUCCCCACCUCAAAAAGCCAAAACAACCCGGCGGACAAAGCAAAUGGAGGAGGACCCAUUGCUUAACGGAGAAGGCAGUAGUAGUCCCCGACGCGGCGGCGAUUUGUCCAGGGCCAAGAGCUUCAAACGCCACUCCGAUGCCAUCACAUCCGGCUCUUCUUAUGAGAAAACAGCCGCUCUCGUCGACUUGGCGGAAGACGGCAUUGGCUUACCUGAGCAGAUACUUGAUCGCUCAUCUUUUCAUAGCUCUGCCAAGUACUACUUCCUUUAUAUGCGAUUCAGCUUCCUUUGGGCCCUACUCUACUUCGCCCUCUUGAUUCUCAAUUUCCUUGAGAAACCUCUGUGGUGUGCCAGGUAUACUGAUCAUACUUGCGGUGACAGGGAUUACUACUAUCUCGGCCAAUUGCCUUACUUAACUCCUACAGAGUCCCUUAUUUAUGAGGGCAUAACACUGAUUGUACUCAUGGUGCAUAUUUUCUUUCCAAUUUCAUAUGUGGGGUUCCGUCUCUAUUGGAAUAGUCCUCUUACUCAAUUCAAGGUCAUAUGCCUGUUGAUUUUGGUUGCUGAUUUGCUGGCUUAUGUUCUCUAUUUGUCUCCAGUUGCCUUUGAUUCUCUCCCUUUACGGGUUGCUCCAUAUAUCAGAGUCAUAUUUUUCAUAUUGAACUUUAGGGAAUUACGAUCUUGCAUGCUCAUCUUGGCUGGAAUGUUUGGCACAUACUCGAACGUCUUGGGUUUAGGGCUUUUAUUUCUUCUGUUUUCCAGUUGGCUAGCUUAUGUCAUGUUUGAAGAUACUGACCAGGGGACAAUAGUAUUUACUUCAUAUGGUACCACAUUGUAUCAGAUGUUUGUUUUAUUCACCACAUCCAACAAUCCAGAUGUCUGGAUACCUGCUUACAAGGCUUCACGUUGGUAUUGCUUGUUUUUUGUUCUGUACGUGUUGCUAGGAGUCUAUUUUGUCACAAAUUUGAUCCUUGCCGUUGUGUAUGACAGCUUCAAAAGUCAGCUUGUAAAGCAAGUUUCUGAGAUGGACCAGACGAGGAAAACUAUACUGAAGAAAGCCUUUCAUUUAAUAGAAGAAGAUAAUGCUGGAUAUAUCAAUAAGGACCAGUGCAUACGUUUGUUUGAGGAACUAAACAAAUACAGGACUUUGCCCAAAAUAUCAAGAGAAGAAUUUGACUUGAUAUUUGAUAAGCUGGACGACAGUGGAGACAUCAAGGUAGAUAAAUUUUCUUACAAGCAUUUUUAGACUUUUUGUAUCUUUAUUCCACAGCAAAAAUGACUU